AUGCUCGAGAGUAGUAUUUCGCAUACUUCGAGCUUUCAUUAUUCUUCUUCUUCUUCUUCUUCUUCCAAGCUGAUACCAUGGCGACGAGGGACUCAAUUGGAGGACUCUGUUCAUUGCCCCACUCCUUUAUAGAUAUCUCCGAGCGGCCUUUUCUGGAUGGCCGGCCUCUCAGGCUCCCAUUCCUUCCCAUUAGUAGCCGAGGUAUUACCAUGUUUCAAAUUGUACGUUCCAGCACAAUUUAUCAUAUCUCUAGAAAAGUCCCCUAUAGUUCAAGAGUAAGCACAAGAAACAGGCUUAAUAAAUGUCUUCAAUGCACUAGUUCAUCAUCAUCAGGUAGCAGUCCAGAGGACUCUAAUGCUACGUCAAAUCAAGACAAGGCACAAUUUGGAUACACCAGAAAAGAUGUAUUGCUAAUUGGUCUUGGAGUGACAGCUCUAGGAAUUGGCUUGAAAAGUGGAUUAGAGUUUGUCGGGGUUGAUCCAUUGCAAGCAGGAAAUGUUGUUCAGCUGGUUUUGGUCUUGGGACUCACGAUUGGAUGGAUCUCUACAUAUAUAUUUAGAGUGUCAAACAAAGAAAUGACAUAUGCUCAACAGUUAAGAGACUACGAGAAAAAAGUUAUGGAGAAACGGUUGGAGGGCCUCACAGAAGCUGAGCUUGAAGCAUUGCUUGAGCAAGUAGAGGAGGAAAAGAGACGCCUUACCAACAAUGAACAACUAUAAUUCAUGUCUUGGAAUAGAAGAGUUUAUUGAACAUGUCAACAAAUCAAAUGAAGUGAGUAAUAGUGAGUGUUUUUACAAAAUCGAUACUUCUCUUUCCAGUUGCAUACCCAUCAUCUGUAAUUUUUAACGUAGCAUGAAUUUUAUAUUGAAUAUUAGCUUUGUUACUCGGGUCUUUUAUUCUA